AUGUCGGAUCGUGGCCGACAAUUUGAAUCCAAACUCUGGUCAUCUCUCAUUUCUCUUCUCGGAAUACAAUGCACCAGCAACGUCCUGUUCCCCCACAAAACUACGGUUUGCCUCCAUCUUAUAUACCGGCGUGCAUUACAACAAGCUACACAUGUUUACGUUAGGCACGAUGCAGUCAAAAGUGCGUUCCAACGACCCUACGACGGCCCAUUCCUAGUCAUCCAACGCACUGACAAGUUCUUUACGCUCAACACGAAUGGGUGCCGUGAUACAGUCUCUAUCAACAGGCUCAAGCCAGCAUUCCUUGAGAAAAGGAACGACCCACCGCUCAAGCCAACCACACAUCCCAUGACACCUGUUUCUCCCGAUGCAAUUGAACCACUCUUGCCAACGGUAUUACCAACACCAUCUUUAACGACACGUUCUGGCCGUACG